GUCCCGGAACUACCACUCCCAUGAUGCCCCGCGAUUGUGAUUCGGGGUGCCAUUGGUCCCCGGGACGCUGUGCUUCCCGGGAGUUGUAGUCCCUUCUGGCUCUGUUGCUCAGGGCAACUGCUCUCUCAGGCCUGAAUGUGGUGGCAGUCUCUGCGAAUGGACACACUGGGAGGAGGUCGGCAGGGCUGGUGGGGAGGUGACGCGGCUGAGCGCAUGGGCUCGCGAGAGGAGAUACGGGGAAGUCGGGCUUGCUCUGGAGAGUUUCGCUCUUGUUGCCCAGGCUGGAAUGCAGUGGCGUCAUCUCUGCUCACCGCAACCUCUGCCUCCUGUGUUCAAACCAUUCUCCUGCCUCAGCCUUCCAAGCAGCUGGGAUUACAGAAUGGAUUCUGCAAGAAAAGCCAGCUGUCCCAUGCGUGAUGUUUCUGGUGACUUCGGCGAUAGUUUCCUAGAAGAUGCAACAAUGGAAGAAAUCAGAAACCACCAGAUCAGUAGAAAUCUUACCAAAAUAGCACCUGGGCAUAGCAGAUUUCUGAAAAGAAACCAAACUCUAGGUGAAAAACACUUACACCUGAAAGAGAACGCUGCGCUGGGGAGUGGACCCAGGCUUGCCUCAAGUAGACUGCCCACUGCGUCCGGGAUCCGAGCCAAUGCCGCACUCAUGAAGCUGGCCCAGCUAGAAACCCGGAUCAUGAAUCGGAAGCUGCAGAGGAAUCUGUCUGGUGCAGAGCCUGACUCAGUGAACACUGAAGCCAGUCUUCCAAAGAGAGCUGACAAAAUUCCCACCGGGGGCCCAGUUGAACUUUCGUCCCAGAACACAGAAAAAACUUCCCAGAAACAAGCCCAUGAACUUCCUGUCACCGAAAAUAAUGCACAGAACGCGAAGGUCAGUAGGUUUCUAAAGAAGAAACUACCACCUGCUGAAAACGUAUCCCCUGAAGCACCAGUUGGGAAAGAGAGGACUUUGCAAACCUCCAAACAGAAGAAAGAAACUGCUAGAACAUUUGAUUCUCCAGACAGUGACGAAGAGGAAAUUAAAGCAUUGCUAGGAAGCUUGAUGGACUCUUCCAGAGAAAAAGAAACAAAGCAAGGCUCCAGCAGCGCUGAAGUUAGUGAGGAAGAAGAGAGAAAACUGUUUUCGGUCGCAUCUGAACCGAGAGCAUUUACUGUACCCAGCGUGGAACUCUCCAGUGCAAAGCCUUCUCAGACAUCAUGCCUGCCAACCUCCCUAGCAGCAGACAGGACCUUUCACAGCGCUCGCUCAAGAGCACAGUCCCUGCAGAGUCUCGUUUCUGAUGACACCGCCUCCCACAUGCCGUCAGUUUCCAUCACAGGCGCCUCUUCGAAAUCAGUCUCUUUAAAGAUGGGGCAUGUCAAGCUUGCGUCCUCCCCUGAAGGGAGUGAGGCUGAGUCUGUAGAUGAGUCAGUUUCAGAAGGUGCUGAUGACAGCCUCGACGCGUUCAGAAUAAAUGUUUUAUCGCUUGACGAUCUGGCUCCCAUAGUCAGUGAGAACUCAGAUCUGGAACGGGAGGAGGAAAGUGCUCACAGGGAAAAAACAGCUGGCACAAUCUUCAGAGCCAAGGCAUCUGCUGGGCAGGAUGCCCCAAGGCCUGCCCAGGCGAGGAGCUGGGCAUUGCAGGGAAAGUCUGCCUCUGCAGAGGGGGAUGAGAGCGAGGUCUCAGAGCAUCUCAGUGCCAGCUUGGCUCCUGGUGUCCGGCCGGACAGCGCUUCCAGCAUGCAGCCGCCAUCUGAAGCCCCCAUGGUGAACUCAGUCAGCUCAGCCUAUUCUGAGGAUUUUGAAAACUCUCCAAGUCUGACGGCAUCUGAGCCAGCUGCCCAUUCCAGGGAGUCUCUUGACAGAACAUUGGACAUUCUGUCUGAAUCUUCUUCCAGUGUGAAGACAGACCUUCCACAAACAGCCGAGUCUAGGAAAAUGCCGGGCAGGCACGUGACAAGAGUCCUUGUGAAGGACACAGCUGUGCAGACACCCGAUCCCGCCUUCACCUACGAGUGGACCAAGGUGGCCGGCAUGGCAGCCAUGGGGCCUGCCCUAGGAGGCGCCUACGUGGACCCGACGCCCAUUGCCAAUCAUGUUAUCAGCGCGGACACAAUAGAAGCCCUGACCGCCUACAGCCCGGCCGUGCUGGUGCUACACGACAUGCUGAAGCAGCAGCUGAGCCUGACGCAGCAGUUCAUCCAGGCCAGCCGGCACCUGCAUGCCUCCCUCCUGCACUCCCUGGACGCAGACUCCUUCCACUACCACACCCUGGAGGAAGCCAAAGAGUACAUUAGACGCCACAGGCCUGCCCCACUGACCAUGGAGGACGCCCUGGAGGAGGUGAACAAAGAGCUGUGAGCACCAGCAGGUGGAACUUGAUGUGAUGUCUAAGGAAAGCAUGCCCAGCUCUGACACCACAGGCUAGAGGAAAGGGAGUUUCAGUGGAGCUGUCCUCACUCACAGGAGAGGGGCCACCAGCCUCUGCAGAGCAGUUCCACCCAGGCAGGUCCUGGCUUCCCAGCAAGCCAGAGGGAGGCACGGUGGAUGGGAAAAGCCCUGCUCGAGGAUAAGGACAUGGGACAGGCGAGCAUGCUGGGGACGCCAUGUGAGCCACCGGGCACAGCCUGACCCCAAGCAGCACAGCUCAAACCAGGACACACGUCUCCUCACUCAGCCUGAGCACACUUCUGACUUACACAAGCGGGGAGGAAGGUCUUUAAAAAAAGGCUUUAUUUGAAGGCAAAACAAUGAAAUCCACAAGAAAUUGCUAACAGCACGUAUUUACGUUUUAUCCUGAAUCAUAACGUUUUAAGGAUUCACAGCUACAGGAAAUUUAGAACAGAAUCAAAUAUUGUAUCACAUUGGGUUGAAAACCUGGAGGAUUUUGCAUCUUAUUGAAAAGAAUUCUUCAAAAAUGUUUUUGUACAAAUGAAUGGCAUCGCACUAGGCUGCCCACAGACAUGAGGUGUGGCUGAUUCCCAGUAGCCAUUCCCCAGCUCCAGCAGGUGCAACUCCCCUCCCUGUGGGGUGUGAAAUGGCAUAGUGGGAGGCCCUGGCUGGGUGGGGGGGGGGCAGGCUCCACACUCUGGAUGGGACUGGGCCGUUGUGUGCAC